CUUCCCCGGCCCCACUGGGGGUUGCCAGCCUGGAUGAGAGCCAAGGGGAGCGGGGAUCUUGUGUCCGACAGCGGGCAGUGCCAGCUGCUACAGAGCAAGGGGCAUGUAAAACCCACUAGAGGCCAGGGAUGGAAUAAUAUACCCAGAAGGCACCUCUCUCCUGGCAGCCAUCAGGCAGUCCUGGGCCUGCCCCUUGUACAUCCCUGACUCGGGGCGGGGGCCAGACACUUACUGCUGUGAACUCAGCCCUGCAGGAAAUGGUCCAGCUGGUGCCCCAACCCAUGAGAGGGUGUUGUCCAUGCCCACGGCCCUGGGGACUCCAGACGCCUCAUUACAGGGCCUGAUUUUCCCAUCCCCUCGACACCCAUCUCCUGACAUCCCGCAGCAAUACCCCAGCAAACAGCACCAGCACCAUGGCAAGACAGAGGGGUUUGUACCGCCACACAUGCGGAUUUCCCUGUUCUGCCUUCGCCUCAUUGUUAUAGAAUCUGGGUAUCCCGCAGAGCCGAGGAACGGGACCCAGUGCGCCAGGCGCUGUACGAACGCAGACCCAAUGGACAGUCCCUACCCCAAAGACAACACUAAAGCCCAGGUCUCCUGCCUUCCUUACGCCGUGCACAGAGGUGACAACAGAAGCCACCGCCCAGCACCCUGGAGAGAAGUCAGCCCCCGACACACGCCCAACAGCACCCUGGCGGCGCACGACCCCACUGCUAACCUGCCACCGCAGGAGACGCUGACACGGCCUCGUUACCGGCCCCCGGGCUCCCCCGCUGUUAGCGUUCAUCUGCUCCGGGCAGCUGCAGGGUCCGGCUUGGGCACCAAUCAAUCAGCCACAAACGAGGAAUCCGCAGAGCUACCUUCACAACUCCCACGCGCCUUGCCACGGGUGCUACAAGCAGCCCCGGGCUUUUCCUUGGAGGAACCCGGCCAGGUUAAUUCAUUUUUUGCUGCUGGUUCCCUUUCUGUUCGGUGAGUGGAGAAGAGCUACCCUGCUGUCCCCAGACCCAGCCCCUCUCCCCACCCCAGCCAGCCUCCCCAGAAACAACCAGCCAGUGAUGACUCAAGUGUUCCCGGCUUUCCCUCCCUCUCCGCAUUGGGCUUUACUGCACAUCUGGUUCCAGUUGUGGUUUGUAAGCGAGGGGCAGAGCUGAUGGCUUCCUCUGAAAGCAGGACUAGGCAAGGUUUAAA